AUGAUCGCCUGCAGUCUUGGAUUUCUGCCAAUCGCCGAAGCACUGAUCCAGCACGGCGCUCUGAUUAUGGCUAGAGACCUCAAGAAACGUACGGCUCUCUCCCAUGCUGUACUGAACGGACAGGAGCAUUGCGCUGCUAUGCUGUUGGCGAAAGGCGCUGAUCUACUGAAGGGUGAUUCGUCCGGAAAUACGCCUGCGCAUUAUGCUGCCGCCUACGGAUGGAUAGAAUGCCUGCGGUUGCUUGCAAGCGUGGAUCCUAGCUGCCUGAAGCAGGAGAACGAUUGGAAGCUCACGCCGCUUUCUAUCGCCUACUUGAAAGGUUAG